GUCAGACUGUUGCAGGCUUUAAAGAGACAGGAAGUGGAAUCACUGCAGAUCGGUGGAACGUGAGGACGAUCACAGCUCAGAUCUAAAAGACCAACGCAAACAAAGAGCAGCAUGUCAGGUCCAGCGGAGCCCCCCGUGCCUAAACAGACCCCAGGUGGACAUCCCCCGCCCUACUCCUCCACCGAGCUGCCGCCUCCGGCCUACGCCGCACCCAGGUACGAGUCUUUCAGCGACGUCGACUCGGACACGUCUUCGGAGACUCCAGCCUACGCCGCACCCAGGUACAAGUCUUUCAGCGACGUYGACUCGGCGUCGGAGACGACUCCCAUCAUCUCCUCGUCUUCGUCGUUUGAGGAUAAAGCUGUGAGAAGGGGGUUCGUCAGAAAGGUGUUUUGCCUCCUGACUCUCCAGCUGCUGUUCACCUUCUCUGUAGUUUGUGUUUUCACCUUCUCCAGCKUUGUGAAAAAGGCGGUGCAGGACAACCUGUGGGCCUACCUCAGCUCCUUCAUCGUCUUCGCCGUGGUCUUCCUCCCGCUCUCCUUCUGCAAGUCCUUCAGCCGCCGUCACCCCUGGAACAUCGUGGGGCUGGUUCUGGUGACCCUCAGCGUCUCCUACAUGGUGGGCGCCGUCGCCUCUUUCCACAACACCAGAGUCGUCUUCAUCACCGUGGCGGCGACGACAGUCAUCUCUGUCACAAUCAUCGCCUUCUCAGCUCAGACUCGUUAUGAUUUCACGUAUUUUUAUGGCUUCCUGCUGGUUUUGGUCGUGGACGUCAUCAUGAUGGGGUUCUUCAGCAUCUUCUUCUACUCCUACAUGGCUAACGUGGUCUACGGAUGUCUGGGAGCUCUGCUCUACUCACUGUUCCUGAUGGUCGACUGUCAGCUGAUGAUGGGAACGAUGAGCUACCGCCUGAGUCCAGAGGAAUACGUCAACGCCGCCCUCAUGAUCUACCUGGACAUAAUCCUCAUUUUCCUCUACCUGCUGGGGAGGAGGUGAAACUGACCUCGUUUCAACACCAUAUUGUAUUAAUUUCACACGAAUAAUUACUGUUUUAUUAUUGUAUUAAGAAAAAACACAAAGUGAGAUGAAUGUUUUUAAACAGUUUUUAUUAUAAGAACCUUCACCACGCAGAGCAACUUGAACACAAAGUAGUGCAAAAACUUCAACAUGUUUUCUUCUUCAUUUCCUGUAAAAUAAACUUGUAGAUUUUUGGUCCAUUGAACAAGAAAUAAACAGAGUCCAACAUCACAAGGAUGUGAGAAAAUUAAUAAAAAAUAAAAACACAGAAACAGUAAAAAAGAUGGAUUACAUUUGCCUCAUAUAUGCUUAACAAUCUUAAACAUUUUUUAUGAUUUAAAUGACAAAUGAACUUGUUGUGAUAAAAAUGCACCAAAUUUGGUAGAAAACWGUUAUUUAACUAAGACAGAACAAGUUUUAUGGCUGCUCCGAGAAAAAAAAAGAGAGGAAG